AUGGACCCAGAGAACCACCACGGGAUGGACCCAGAGUACCAUCACGGGAUGGACCCAGAGAACCAUCACGGGAUGGACCCAGAGAACCAUCACGGGAUGGACCCAGAGAACCAUCACGGGAUGGACCCAGAGAACCAUCACGGGAUGGACCCAGAGAACCAUCACGUGAUGGACCUAGAGAACCAUCACGGGAUGGACCCAGAGUACCAUCACGGGAUGGACCUAGAGAACCAUCACGUGAUGGACCCAGAGAACCAUCACGGGAUGGACCUAGAGAACCAUCACGUGAUGGACCCAGAGAACCAUCACGGGAUGGACCCAGAGAACCAUCACGGGAUGGACCCAGAGAACCAUCACGGGAUGGACCCAGAGUACCAUCACGGGAUGGACCCAGAGAACCAUCACAUGAUGGACCCAGAGAACCAUCACGGGAUGGACCCAGAGUACCAUCACGGGAUGGACCCAGAGUACCAUCACGGGAUGGACCCAGAGAACCAUCACAGGAUGGACCCAGAGAACCAUCACGUGAUGGACCUAGAGAACCAUCACGGGAUGGACCCAGAGUACCAUCACGGGAUGGACCCAGAGAACCAUCACGGGAUGGACCCAGAGUACCAUCACGGGAUGGACCCAGAGAACCAUCACGGGAUGGACCCAGAGAACCAUCACGGGAUGGACCCAGAGAACCAUCACGUGAUGCACCUAGAGAACCAUCACGGGAUGGACCCAGAGUACCAUCACGGGAUGGACCCAGAGAACCAUCACGGGAUGGACCCAGAGAACCAUCACGGGAUGGACCCAGAGUACCAUCACGGGAUGGACCCAGAGAACCAUCACGGGAUGGACCCAGAGAACCAUCACGGGAUGGACCCAGAGUACCAUCACAGGAUCCACCCAGAGAACCAUCACGGGAUCCACCCAGAGUACCAUCACGGGAUCCACCCAGAGAACCAUCACAAACAACAAACUAUCUCCUCAUUAGUAGAGAAAGAGAUACACGGUUAG